AUGCUAAUAUUUCAGUGUGUUUUACUUUGCUCUUUUCUUCACUUAGUUUCGGUUAACGCUUUUGGCUCAUGUGAAAAUGCAGAAGAUCAGGGCGCCUGUCCAGACAAUGCUGCUUGUGUAAGUCUAGAUGGCUUUUUUCAAUGCCAGUGUGAAGAGGGUUUCGAUGAGAUGGACUUACCGGAUAUUACUAGAGAAGGUCAAGCAGCGACAGUUUGUAUAGAUCUCGGAUAUUGCAGUCCGUUCGACAAUAAUGAAGUUGACUGUCAGAAUGGACAAUGUGCGAUUUACAAGGAUCAGUAUGGAUCAUUUCAAACAACCUGCAGGUGCAAAAGCGGAUUCUACGGAGAAAAAUGUGACAGCACAACCCAGCAGUCGAGAUCUGAUAUUGUAAGGGGAGAAGUUGUUAUUAUUGCCCUACUAGCCGGUGUAGCUGCAGUUCUAUCGUCCCUUAUGUAAUAGGCAUCCUCAAAGUCAUCAAUAUAUAAAACAAAUUGCCUUAUUUUGCCAAUGAUAGAAUAUAUACAUAAACAAAAAAGUAGUUCUUAAUGUCUAGAUGGCAUAUGUGUUGCUUAACAAAUAAACUUUUUAUGAGAAAAUAGUUCAUUUUUUGGAAAAUUUACAGAGCAAAAUGUUUUUUAGACCACAAUUUGUCGGUUAUAAAUGCUUGGGGAAAUUGAAAACCUUUUUUUACCUUUUCAAAGUUUAUCCUG